AUGACCGACUCCUACACCAGCUCCUCCUACUACUACAGCUCCACCACCAACACCACCAACGGCAACACCACCACCGGCCACCGGUACACGACCACCUCGCACACCGACCCCAACGGGACCACGGUGGUCCGCACCGCCCACCAAGACCUAGGCCAGCCCGCCGUCGUCGAGGAGCGCCGCUACGACCGCACCGGCCAGGAGCAGCAGAUGCUGGCGUCCGGGUCGGAGACGCUCCCCGGCGGGGUCCGGCGCAUCACAGAGCUGGACGACGAGACGGGCGCGACGGCCUACGACGCGGGGACGCAUUAUGGGAUUCCGACGACGGGGACGGAAAGUGAGCGCGAUGAGAGGAGCCGCGGCGAUGAGUGGUGGAGUUCGUCGGUGGGGAGAUCGUCGUACGAUAUCGGGACCCCCUUACCUGGUGCUAGGACUUACAAUGCGUACACAGGGGCGUAUGAGGAGCAGCGUGCCGAUUACGAUGCCGAUGGGGUGCCGCGGUAUCGGGGCCGUGGCCAGAGUGGGUAUUCGGCUGAGCAGAAGGCCAGUCGGGAGUUUGAGACGGAUCAAGGGACGAGGUUGAAGAGGGAGACGGAUGUGAAUAUGUCGGAUUUGUUGUAG